AAUUAAAGCCAACAUGCUCGUUUAAUUAGCUAGCGAAAUAUUGAACAUAAUAAUUCUGACAGAAGAACUAGCAGCUCUCUAUAUUGCACUCAGCCAAAUCAUGUAUGAGGAUGCCUUUCUGAUUGUCUUCAUUGCCAUGUGCACGGCAUUCCUCUCUGAAGGGAUACUGUACCUGUUUGUGUACAGAACUGACAGCUACAAGAGAUUAAAAGCCACAGUGGAGAAACAGAGCAAGAAACUUGAGAAGAAGAAGGAGCAGCUUGGUGAGGUGGCCUCCAAGAAGCUGGGUCGACAGGAAGAGCAACUCAAGACCAACAGUCGAGACCUGAACACGGUCAAGAUGAAGUCAGCAGUGGCCAUUGGUCUCACCUUCACAGCUCUCAUGGGCAUGUUCAACACCAUAUUUGAUGGCCGAGUGGUUGCUAAGCUACCAUUUGAGCCCUUCUCUCUCCUCCAAGGCCUCUCCCAUCGCACGCUAAUGGGCAGUGACUUCACUGACUGCUCAUUCAUAUUCCUUUACAUCCUCUGCACCAUGGCAGUCCGGGAGAGUGUUCAGAAGAUGCUUGGAUUUGGUCUCUCGAGGACUGCCAACAAACUGGGGUCAGGAGGGUUCAUGAGCGCACCACCGAGCAAGUGAACUCUGAACUCUCUUCAGCUAGGGUCUUAUCUUUGUCAGUCUCUAUAUCAAGUCAUGAAUGAAUAAUUAUAUUUAUAAUGUGAACACAUAAUUUAAUAUUACAAGAUUCUGCAAAGCUGAA